GGUUCCUGUAUUUGAAACCAAGUACCCAUUUUUCAGAGAUGCUUCUCAACUCUGAACCCUGAGUGUUGUGAUUUCUUUUUCUUUCUUUCAUUUUUUUGUUUCUGUUAUUGAUUUUAUGCAUAGCUUAAGUCUCAAAUGGAUCUCUAUCUCUGCUGAUAUAGUGAAAAGGCUUCAUGUAAAUCCAAAGUUUGCGUCUUUUCUGCACCUUCUUUCUCAUUUAUGAGAUCCUUUGAUGGGUUUUCACUUUGCCUUUCUAUCAUGCUGAAGAAGGUAUUGGUUUGGUAGUAUAGACUGGGGAGUGAAUUCAAUAUAUGCAUGGAAGCAAGAGAAGGUAUGAGUUCUGGGGUUACAGUGAUAGGGGCAGAAGCUCCAUCAGCUUAUCAUGUUGCACCAAGGAGUGAAGCUCCAAACCAGGUUCAUGUACCUGAAGCAGCAGCAGCUGCAGCUGUUGGUGUCUCACCAGUGAGUGUGGGGUUGGAUGGAACAGCAGUUAAGAAGAAACGCGGUAGACCAAGGAAAUAUGGGCCUGAUGGGUCUGUGACUAUGGCAUUGUCACCGUUGCCAAUCUCAUCUUCAGCUCCACCUUCUAAUGACUUUUCAACCGGGAAGCGGGGUAAGCCGCGGGGGAUGGAAUACAAGCAGUCAAAAAAAGUUGGGUUGGAUCAUCAUAAUCUAGGUGACUUGACUGCAUGCUCUGAUGGUACAAACUUUAUGCCGCAUAUCAUCACUGUCAAUGCUGGCGAGGACAUUACAAUGAAGGUGAUAUCCUUUUCUCAACAAGGACCCCGAGCUAUAUGCAUCUUAUCUGCUAAUGGUGUAAUAUCAAAUGUUACACUUCGACAGCCUGAUUCUUCUGGGGGUACUUUGACCUAUGAGGGCCGUUUUGAGAUACUUUCCUUGUCUGGAUCAUUCAUGCCUACUGACAACCAAGGAACAAGAAGCAGGACAGGUGGGAUGAGUGUCUCGUUGGCAAGCCCUGAUGGUCGUGUUGUUGGUGGUGGAGUUGCUGGUCUUCUUGUAGCUGCCAGUCCUGUGCAGGUGGUGGUGGGAAGUUUUCUACCAAGCAGCCAGCAAGAUCUGAAACCAAAGAAGCCCAAGUCUGAUUAUGCAGCAGCCAAUGUUAAUCCAGCCAUUGCCAUGGGAGUAUCUUCUGCACCACCACCCCCAACUAAUGCUGAAAAAGAGGAUGUAAUGGGUGGACAUGUACUGCACAAUUCAGGAAAUACCCUUAACUCAAGCCUUACUCCUCCAAAUGCCUUUAGAAGAGAUAACUGGGUCAACAUGCACUCUAUGUCAGAUUCAAGAAAGUCAGCAACUGAUAUUAACAUAUCUUUGCCUGAUAGUUAAGUUGAUGAAUGAUCAACCUGCAAAAGCAAUCAUCUAUCCUCAAGGUCUUGCUGACAACAUUAAUGACUAAGCCUGUUUAUUUGAUGUUUGCAGUGUUCUCUAUUAUCUAUGAUUGUUUCAAACCUGUUGUCUGAUGAUGUCUAUCACUAUAGGAUGUAGUUCCCCACUUCACUUGCAGCUUAAUUAGGUAGAGUAUCUGAUUUAUCGGCUGAUUAGGUAGAUGCUGCACUUGUGAUGCAUUAUGAGUAGGCUAAUUUGGAUGUAAUGAGAACUUGUUUGCCUAUUUAUUUAUGACUGAAUUUGUUGAAGCUUUU